GGACCGUUAUACCGGAGUCUGUAACGGCCUCAAGCACGCGUCUAAAACCUGCUAAAACUCAGGAGGCACUAAACAGCAGCACUCCAACACAACUCAUUUAUUUGCGUGUCUCCUGACAGCGUCACUUGCGCAACCGCCGAGCGGAGCGGAGCGGCGCGUCGCGUCGCGGCGUCGCGCGCGCACAGAUGCUGUGUGACGUGCGGUUCGUAAAGAACAAGGAUUAAGACGGAACCUUUCUGAUUCUGUGGCCAAGGAUUUGUUAAAACACACUGAUGUGAACUCAUUGAUUUUAUGUAACGGGAAUGUGAUAGAACGCAAAAGUAUGAGAGGAAACAAUGUUUCAGUUUCGUCUGAAGUGACGAUGAGGAAGAAAAGAGGCCGUGACUUUGCUUUGCACUUCAGAGUACAGUGGGUCUGAUGAGCGAGGCUCCGUUGGUCCUGGGAACAUCUGCUGCAGAUGUGUUGAAUGGAAAUGGGGGAGGCCAGAACGUCUGUAUGGAUCUUUCAUCCAAACAAGAGUCAGGGAGUCACGUGACGGAGGAGAAGCGUUGGAUGUGAGGAAAAACCAUCCAUGGCCGAAGCAGAGACCCGGAGCGCUGGAGCCCGGGGCCCGGACGGGGGCUGGGGCUGGGUGCUGGUGGCCGCCCUGUUCGUCACCAACAGCCUGAUCUUCGGCGUGAUGCGCAGCAUGGGCAUCUUCUUCGUGGAGUUCGUGCGCUACUUCGAGCAGAGCGCUCAGGCCAUCUCCUGGAUCUCCUCCCUGGGCCUGGCAGCGCUGCAGUUCUUCAGUCCGCUGGCUGCCAUGCUGUGUAACGCGUACAACCCCCGGGUGGUGAUGAUGGUGGGGGGUCUGCUCGCUGGCCUCGGCCUCAUGCUGGCCUCGCAGGCCACCUGCCUGCUGCACCUCUACCUCAGCAUGGGCGUCCUCUCAGGUCUGGGCUGGGGCCUGAUCUUCACGCCCAUGGUGUCCUCGGUCAUGGCCAGCUUCACCCGGCACCGCACCCUGGCCGUGGGGCUGGGCUUCUGCAGCAUCGGCCUCUCCUCCUUCGCUUUCAACCCGCUGUUCCAGCUGAUGGUGGAGCUGUACGGCUGGCGGGGGGCCCUGCUGAUCCUGGGGGGCCUCAAUCUCAACCUCGUGGCCUGUGGGGCCCUGGUCCGCCCCCAGCAACGCUCCAAAGAGGAUGAGCAGGUGGAUCCGGGCAGCGGGGCGCCGUGUGCAGCCGGCCUGCAGCGCCUCAUCUCCUACCUGCAGCCGCAGCUGCUGCUGGAGCGGCCCUUCUUCACCUACAGCUUGGCCAUGAGCUUCAUCAACAUCGGCUUCUUUGUGCCGUACUUCCACCUGGUCGCCCAUAGCCGCCAGGCCGGCUUCUCCGACUACCGGGCCGCCUUCGUCAUGUCCGCCGCCGGCAUCACAGACAUCUUGGGUCGCGUGGCGUCGGGCUGGUUCUCCGACCUGGGUCACUUCCGGCUGCUUCACCUGGCGAGCCUGUGGACCGCGCUGGCGGGGCUCUUCAUCAUCCUGCUGCCCGUCAGCUCGCUGUCUGGCUCCUACGCGGCGCUGAUGGCGAUCAGCCUCCUCUACGGCUUCUGCGCCGGAGCUCUGACCUCCGUGGUGUUCGCCGUGGUGCCGCUGAUCGUGGGCGUGGACCGCAUGCUGGAGGCCCUGGGUCUGCUGCAGCUCAUCGAGAGCGGGGCCGGUCUGCUGGGGGCUCCUCUGUCAGGUUUGCUCAAAGACCUCACGGGCAACUACAUGGCCUCCUUCGCGGUGGCCGGCUCCUUCCCCAUCCUGGGCACUUUGACCCUGGCCACGCUGCCGGGCUUCUUCUCGCGCGCAGAUCCGCCGGCCCCUCAAAGACGUUCCCACCACGUUAAAGAUAAGGGUUUACAGUCGGAGCUGGAGCAGAUCAACUCGCUAUCACACGGCGCGUCCUAAUCGCCUUCAGGGCUGUGGAACUCGAGGGUUGGAGCAGCCUUUAACACAGAGACGGCGAAGGAGACGUCAGUAAGGAACACGACAGGCAAUGAUGUUUUAUCUCAGGCAAAUUGAGCAACAACAGCAGACGCGGCCGACAACUCAAACACUCAGCUUAACCCCUGAUGCCAAACAUGGAAAUUAUUUAUAGAUGAUGUGUAGAUGCAUUCUUUGACGACAUAUAUUAUUAUAUUAUCAUGCGUAUAUUAUGUAUGUGUGUGCGAUGGAAAGGAGACUUUUACAAAUCA